AUAAAAACCUACAGACUGACGUAGAAAAUUCAAUCAAAAGUCUUACCUGAAGAUGCGAAGUGCCUGCAAUCAUUUUUGAAAAUGUUUGAAUAUAUGACAAUAUUUAGAGUGGUUUUGUUAAUUGUAGUUCCAAGGAGCAUUAAUUCUCUGGAAUGCUAUUCUUGCUCGGACGUUUCUGACAUUGAAAGUUGUCUCAAUACUUCUUUCUGCAGUAUUGGACAGUCAUGCGUUACCAACUCCGUAACAUCCGGACAGAUUACUAAGUUUACAUUGGGGUGUAUCGAAAAUCAGCAAUGUGGAACCUUGUCAAGUGGAGCCUCAGGACUAGUUGGUCGUGAUAUUAGCGUUCGCAGUACAUAUUGUCACGAAUGCUGUAGUACCGAAAGAUGUAACAAUCAGCUGUGCCUUCAUCACAAACCUACAACCUGCAUCGAUGAUGUGAAAGUUGAUUGUGCGUACAUGAAUGCCAUGUUUAAUAUUUGUCAAGACACUGUCCACUCGAAGAACGUGUGCCCAAAGUUCUGUGGUUUGUGUACUUUGGUUGACGGUAACUGGGCAGAAUGGUCGCAAUGAUCUGAAUGUGACGUGACCUGUGAAACCGGCAUCCAGACAAGAAAAAGGACUUGUACCAAUCCAGCCCCAGCUAACCAGGGCCUCGACUGUGUUGGAAAUGACACCGAUACAAAACCGUGCGUCAUACAGCCAUGUCCAAUACAUGGCGGUUGGACAAAAUGGUCGGAGUGGGAGGCCUGUUCCGUUACAUGCGAUACCGGCAUUCAAAGAAGACAUCGUAACUGCUCUAAUCCAUAUCCCUCUCGAUUUGGUAACCAUUGCUUUGGGGAUACAAUGGAUGACAGAAUUUGCAUGGCCGGAACGUGUGCCAGUAAGCAUCUGCAGCAUUUGAAUGUUUUACCAAAGCCAUUACUUUUACAUAAAAGUACGGUGUCUAUCAAGUUGAAAGUACAUGCUUAAAAGUCAUAUAACAUCAUCUGAUGUAUCUGUUGAAUAGAUAUUUAUCGCAUUUAUUAGUUGCACGUUACCAAGUAUUGUGUAAAGGGAGUCGAAAAUCUUUUUGUUGAAUUAAAGUCACCGACCUCCAGAUUUUUGCUAAAAAGUCUUUCUUUAAAAUUACAGUUUGUUCAUAUGAACAUUAGAAUAUGAGUUUUUUUUUGUUUCUUAACUAUCUUAAAAUGCCAAAUCAAGAAAACGAAGAUGACCGCCUCGGGAAUCGUACAUGGGUCGCCGCGACAAUAGAAAGUUUUCCGCUGUUUUUAUCAAUACUACCACGGGGAAUUACGUGUUGUACAGGUUAAUAUGAAUAUUAAUACUAAGGCAGUUUACCUCGAGUAAAGCGUUAAAACUUCGUUUCGAUUUUCAUUGUAAAGAUUAGAAAAAAAAAACAUCUUAUCAUGUGUUUCCAUAACAGAUUGUCUCUCAUUAAUUAAGUUUAUGCUGAAAAUAUAGCAUUUUUCUGAUUUUUGUUGUCGUACUAUCUGGAGGCCAGUGCCUUUAAAGUAAAACAAUUAUCAAGUUUCUACAAAGCUCAUUAUGCAUGUUAUAUUUAAAAUUGAUUAAAUCGUUGGACUGCUAAAAAAAUAGUAGAUGUGUACUUCUAAAGGUGACUUUUGUAAAUAAUCAGGUCUUUAAGUCAUGUAUACAAGAGAUUUAUUGCCGACGCAAGCGGUCUAAAAUGACAUGGUUUAGAAACGUGCAGAAUGACAUUAAUUAUAGUGUAGAUAGUGGUUAUUUUUUACGGAAGAGCAUUAGUGCCAGGUGUAUUUUAUUUAUUAACUCGAACUUUGGAGUUACUAAGUCGAAAUUUCGAGUUACUUACUCGAAAUUUCGAUUCACUAACUACAAUAGUUUACGUUGAUGUAUAGGACUUUGCCAACAUUAGGUACCUGAGGUAUAUCCACCGGGUAGCUGUACGGGGUCAUAUAAUUAAGAUGACCGGGCAGCGUUUGCUCAUGUUAAUUUAUUUAUUUAUUUUGUUGGGUUAAACGUCGCAUCGACACAAUUAUUUAGGAGUCUGAACAAGAUCUUGUACCUGGACAGAUCUAGAUAUUUAGGAGAAAUCACAGAAGUUGACCGGGAAGUAUUCAAACUUAGAAUAUUUCACUAUUUUGACCAUAGCUGGAAGGUUUUCGACCUUGUUCGAGCCUUACCACCUGAACAUACUAUACAUGUGAAUGAAGAUCUGGAUACAGUUUGAAAUCUGGGGUAGCUCUAGAGGCUAUGGUAGGUCAUACAUUGAUGUAUGAUAGUGUAUGUUCCAGUCCCUAUAUGUUCGGAACAAUAUAUGCAUGUAUAGAUAGAUGAUUCCACUUCGAACAGUCAAAAGUCGUCCAUUACACUUUUGGCCUUUGACGGACGGACCAACGUUAAACUUUUGCUGAUAAAAGGGCAAAAUAGUAACACGAAAUUUCGAGUCAAUAAUACGAAAUUUAUAGUACGUAACGUAACUCAAAAAUUCGACUUUUUAACUAGAAAUUCUGAGUUAGUAAAUUUCGAGUUAAUAAAAAACGUACCUGGCACUAAUGCUCUUCCGUAAAUUUUAGAGCAGGGUUAAUGAAAAUACAGAUAUUUGCAUAUUCACAUAUUUAUUAUUAUUUUACAAUAUUAUGCAGACAGUAUAUUUUCUUUUACGUGGGACAGUCAUUCAAUUCCCGGUCGGUUAUGCUUUAAAACGUUAUAUGCAAUAGCAGAUUAUGAACGAAUUCGAACUAUUUCUAGUUAUAUGCAGAUUUUUUUCUGACUACAUGUAUGUGGGUAAAGGUAGCUAAAAGCUCCUAAAGUCACGCAAUAUUUUCGCUGAAGAACUCGUGCACAUUUCCCGAUACAAAGCUAAUAACCUAUAAAUAUGCAAUAGUUCAUAAAGUACUACGCGUCCGCAGACAGAAUUUUCAUAUUUAGAAAACUGUUCUACCAAACGUAUUUUUGCAGUCUCAGGUAAAAAAAAAAACAUCGUAAAAUUGUUUUUUU